CUCUGAAACUAGGAAGUAAUUUCUUUAUUAAUUGGUAUUGCAACCGUGUGAAUUUUACGUUUUUACACCAUUACACGCAGAUAAGUUUUUUUUUUAAGUUUUUUUGCAUUCUCGCUGAUAAUCCUGCAACUUCUGAUACCGUUUAAGCUUGAAGUUUUGACCGUUUUAUUAUGACCCUCUAUUGAAGACGUGCAUUGGAGUUUUAUAUAUCGCUUUUCAGUGAUGUGCAUUCACGUUUGCGCCGAAAUUCAAAACCCUCCAAUAAGUGUCGCCCUCUUGAUCCUUUCGAAAUUUGGCUCCUUUUGAUCCCCGAGCGCACUCUUCCGAGCGCUAGCCGUACCAUCACUGGCAUCGAUCAGCGCCAGUAUAUUCGGUAAACCGUGUGCGUCUGUGUUGGCGCCGCUCCGCUCACAGUAGUAUAGUAGGGGAGAAGGAGUAUCAGCAGCAGCGCAGCAGCAGCAGCAGCAGCAGCAGCAGCAGCAGCAGCAGUGAGCGAGCCAAAGGCCCGAGAGCGAGUCGAAGCGACGACUCCCUUGGUUAAUCCGCUGCAUCCUCGCCGCCUGCGGCCAUCGAAGCAGCCCAGUUCGGCUCCUUUUUAUACAACACACACGCAUAUACACUACUGUUAUACGAAUCUACGUCGUCUCGAGCGCGCAAGAAUCGUGUGUGCAGAGAGCGCAUAUAAGUAUUCGCGAGUGCGCGAGUUUGCAGUCGAGAGGUAGCCUUGCAGCAGCGAAGCAGAGUAAACAACUAUAUACACACACACGCACAGUGUUAUUUUGUUUCGACGAUCGUAUACACGUACAGUCCGUCCGAGCCUCUGGCAUGCAGACCUCGCGACUCGGUAUUAGUGAGCGCAGCGAAGUGUAGUGCCAGACGAGAAGAGAGAGAGAGAGAGAGAGAGAGAGAGGCAUAUAGCUGCGCGCAAGAGAUUCGGCCCUUAUUUGGGACGUGCUGCAGCAGCGCCUGUAUACAAGCCCAGAAGCCGACGAGUGCGGGAGUGAGAUACGCGCCAGUGAGGUAUCAUCGUCGCCGCCGCCGCCGCAAUGCAGCCCAGGAUAUACUGCUGGGCCAUCCUGGCCACCCUCGCAGUGCUCUCCGCGAGGUGCAGCGCCGCCAAUGAGAACACAAACAAGGAGCAGAGCUCGAAGGACAAGUCGACGGGAGGCGCAGGCUACAACUCCUACGGCGAUGAUAUCUACCUGGACGACCAGGACCUAGAGGGCUCGGGUCGCGGAGGCGGAGAAGUCCGCGGCGACCUCGAGGCUUCCGGUAGUGGACUUGGCCCCGACGACGAGGACGGUGACGAUGAAUUCGGCGGUCACAACACCAUCGAGCCAGUCGCCAACAAACCCGUCGAACCUAAAGUCGUCGAGGAAACGAUAUACAAGAAGCAGACGACCAUUGACGCAGUGAACCGACCAGACAGCGGAGUCGAGGCAGUCGAACCUCCACGCAACGACUUGGGACAUUCGGGAUCCGACGGAUCGACCACCUACGUCAUGAGUGAGCACAACGAGGAGAAAGCGAGUUCCUUAUUCACUCAGCCUAAUGUGCUAUUAGCCGUGAUCGGAGGAGCUGUCGUCGGACUACUCUGCGCGAUCCUCGUGGUGAUGUUCAUCGUGUACAGGAUGCGCAAGAAGGACGAAGGCUCGUACGCCCUUGAUGAGCCUCGAAGAUCGCCAGCAGCAAACGCCUAUCCCAAGCCAGGAGCACCUCAGCACAACCGCGAGUUCUACGCUUGAACAGUCAAAGCCUUUCCAGCUCGCACCUCGUAGAUGAGCAGCAGCAUCGGCAGCAACGAGACACACCAGUCAGGCAUCAGCUGCCAGUCCCUCGACGGCCCUAUACUGUACAGUGGCGCGCUGUAACUCCUCCUUCCGCGGGAGAGAUCGUGCGGCGUCGGCGAAACUUCGACUUCCUCGACGACUGUACCACGACUCUCGCGCUUAUUUCCGGAAGGACGGAGAGAGAGAGCGCCUCGGGCCUUCGCCGUCGACUUCGAGCAGGACUCGGACCGUCGAGGGCCUCGCUCUCUAUACACACACACACACACACAUACUAAUCUUUCUAUCUGACAUGUACACACACACACAAACACCCUCUUGCGCGUAGGCAGUAGCAGCGGCAGCGAGACCCGCAUCACGGAUACACUAACUUUUUCAAGCGCGGCGCUCACACGUAGCCCUUCUGUAUAGAACCACACGCAUAUUAUUUGCCCCAUCAACACGCUAUCAUGCAGCUCUGCUCUUUUCUCACUCUCCUUCUCGCUCGCUCGCUCUCAGAAUACAAUAAGAAAAAACGAGCCAUCGUGUAAACAGAUCAGCAGCACACGAGGAGCUUUACCUAUCCCGCGGCUCGCUGCUUCCCUUCUCUGCCGCCGCAAGCACAGCUUUUCGACUCGCGAGCCGAGCAUCUUUCGAAAUACGACUCGCAGACACCUCUCUGACUUUUUCAGGCAAACGCUCGGCUUUUUCGCCUCGCUCUGUCUGUUCGUGCGAGUCUAUUCGUCUGUCUGUCUGUCUGUCUGUCUGUCUAUCCGACUGUCCGUCUGCCUGGGUGUGUGCGAACCGAGGAAAAUUUGUUGUUCGUAAAUCGCGCGCAUACGCGCUGGAUCGAGCGAACGCGAACGCAAGAAUUGAAUGAAAAAAAAAAUAUAUAUAUAUAAAAAUAACGACUCGUGCAAAACGUUGCCGCGCGCGCACACGCCAAUCUCGACUGACUGAGAAACACGAUUUUGCCAUAUACAUAUAUACAUAUAAAUAUAUUAUAUCACAUACGUAUGUAAUUCGAGUGCUGAUUGGCGAAGAUUGCGCGCACACGACGCAUACAUUAUAUAAACGAGCCAGCAAUUUUUAGAAACGAGAGAGAGAGAUGGAUCAUGGCUCUCUUAUAUUCUCCUCUCCCCUUCCCUUGAUUCCCUUCUAUACGCCUUGUCCUACUCUAAUUUUCCAUUCUUCUAGAUCCGUCCUAGCGCGAUGUCUCUGCAGCCGGAUCGCGAAGCCUCCUAUCAAUUAUUUAUUGACUUUGCGGGAGUGUUGAUUUUUCGUAUCUAUACGUAAACAUUCGAGUCUCCCCUUUACGGCAUGUCCAAUGCACAAAGAGCCAUUCGCGAGGAUCUAAUUACUCGUCCCGCGCGUUGCGAACAAGUUAUCCAACUUGUUAACUGCACGAUCGACCUGACCAAAGUAAUUGAAUCCACGAGGAAUCCGCCUUUUUUCUGCUCCGUAUUUGAUCAUUGCUUUUAAUCGCGAACACACGGCGCCGUUUCAUGCUUUCUUAUUGCCCGAUAUGAACGUAUGCCAUUGUCCAUAGAGUUUGUAGGGCAUUAUCGAAAAAAAAAAAAUGUUUUACGCGUUUUACCGCGUCUCUCUUUAGCAAGAGGUUUGAAUAAGAUCAAAGAAAAAAAAAAUAAUUUAAAGAACGUAUACCACGCCGAAACUGCCAUUUACACCUAUUUAACUGUACGUAUAUGAUAUAAAACAAAGAAAUUUGGUACGAAAUUUUUUCACAAAACCCGCCUUAAUCGAACUUAAACGCACGCAAAUAUGUAUUUAGACUCUAUUAUCGUCCACUUCUCUCAUCCCAUAUCCAUCGACAUGAUAUAAGAAGACCAUCGAUUGCCUCUCGAUAGUUUCUCUUUUUUUGUCUGCAUCUGUAUAUCGUUUUCCCAUUGUUUGAUACUUUUUUUUACGAAAAUCGACUAUAUUGCGUAAUGCCAAUAAUCAUUUGAGGCUGAAUCAUUGUUUGUCGACCGGCUUCUCGGCUUCCCUCCUGAAGCCACAAAGGCUCUCUCGGAUCCUGCAUUGAUCGGUACUGUUAAAUUUUUAUUCUCGAUCAAGAAGUCAGUAGGGAGGAAGAGGAGCCAGCUUGUGUUCUCUUUUCUUCGACUCAUCGAGUCCUCUCGAACGUAGAUUGAUGCGUUUCGACGGCUCGCAUUUUUAUACUUUUAACCAUGACAAGUGGAAAAAGCAUUUAAAAUACUUAGAAAAAUAAAAUUAAUGAAAUGAUAAUUGUAUAGGUGCGGUGAAUCAUCGAUGAACCGAUUCGACUGCAAUAAUCAAUUUUCGUUACUUCGGUGCCAUUGUCCUUGUCGAGUCAGCGCACGAUGUCGCGUGGUACUCUUCUCUUUUGGAAACCGCUCUCAUCGCACCUUUGUGAAUCGGGUAGUAAUGUUUUCCGAGUACAAUUGAACAAAAUCAUUGUUAAACGGUUAAGAAAAUAUUAGAAGACAAACAGAAUUGAGGUAAAAGCGAUCUAUAAUAAGCCGUAUAUGCGACGCGUCGUAAAUUAUUCUACGUUUGUUCUUGUAUACAUUAAUUUAUUAUUAUAAAGACAUCAAUCAUAGCAUGGCAUUUGUCUCUUGUUCACGACCACGAAUCCUUAUUGCUCGCUAAUAGCAUGGUUUCCUUGCGCAUUUCUCUUUCUCUCUGUCCCUUUUACACACGUGUAUCGCUCUUUGACUUGCAAAGCCUUCGCUUCUCCAGGCUCACUCUUACUUUCGUCGAGUGAAACGUUGCUCGAAAUAUUACAGAAAACCAAAUCCGAUUUUAAGCAUGUAGCCAACGAUAGCUUGUGACAAUAGUUUAAUCGAAAUUCGAGCGAAGAAGGAAGAACAAAUUGAGCGAUAUAUUAUAAACUUAGUCAAAAUUCAUCACAUUAUAAAGAGAAAGAACCGUCUACAUUUUAAGUCGAGUACUAAUAAUAACAAAAAUACUGGUUAGUAAUAAUAAUUAUUAAUAAUUGUAACUGUAAUAAAAUCAUAUUUUAUAAGACGGAGUCGUAGCCCAAAUGUAACGGGGGUGACAAUUGAAUAAGAAAAUGACAGAGAAACACGAGAAAAAAAUCGAGAGAACGAGAGCGAGCAGAGUCCACGAAUUUUUUCCUUCAUGGACGCGCAAGAUAAUUUAGAUAAUUUAACGAUAACGAUAAUUAUAUAUAUAUAUAUAUAUAUAUAUAUAUAUAUAUAUAUAUAACAAUGUUACUUUUUUAAGUGUAAGUACCCAGAGGUUUCCCGACAUCCCGCGCUCCUGUCUCAUCUCCCCUUCCCUUUUUAUUUGUCCCGAAUAGUACAUAAGUAUAUGUAUUACAUAUAUGUGUAUAUAUUUAUCUGUCAUACACGCACUUACUGGUAUAAAAAAAGCGGAGAGGCGAAAGCGGAAAUCACGAAACAAAAAAUACGUAUGUACACACGUAUAUGAUAAGCGUGCGAACGACUUCGCGACGAGGCAGCGCCUUUUUUCAAUCAUGAUGAAAGAUUUAGAUGGAAUCCGUUGACCAAUAGGACUUUACAUAGUUGAUUUGUUGAUGUUUUGAAUUGUUUACACGAAAUUUUGUCAAUGUCGAUGACGACUAUCGCACUGAUGCAGCUGUAAUAGCAGCAUGCCAAAUUCACGCUGCGUCAGUCGAAUUGACAUCGGCUUACUGUCAUUUUUAUAAAACACACGUACUAAGGGUAAGAACAUAGAACGAAAUCUUUGUAAGCGUAGAUCAUUACUGAUCGAAUGAUUUAUUGAUAAAAUUGUAUACCGAGUGACAAGAUCGUUGUUGUGUAAAGAGACGCUUUGAUUAUUUCAACUAAAAACUAUAGAUAAUCGAACAGAAUAUCAAAAAAUCAACUAACUGGUGUAGUUCAGAUUGUAUGAAAUUAUUAUUAUUAUUACUAUUGCUGAAUGUUUGUGAAAAUUCUCCUUAAAACUACAAACGCAAGCUUAAAUCCUAUUGUAAAAUUUUUGUAGUUUUCAACGGUGUUUAUUCAUACUCCAUUCAGCUCUGAGUAUAUAUACAGACGGUUAUUCUUCGUUCUCUCGAUCGGCUGAUUAAAUGCAAAAUUGGCUUCUUUGAGAGCACAAAGGGUUGACACACUCCACACACAGAGCAUUCGAUCGUCGCAAGCGUCGAAGUGUGAGAAAAAAAACGUUAUUAUUAAUAUCCGAAAGAAAAAACAAUUUAAUGAUGCACUACAAUUAGUAACGAUAACAAGAUUAAACUGUAUGUCGUCGAUCCUAUUCUGUAAAUAAACGCUGUAUCGUAUAAGGAAAUAAGAUAUAUAUGAUAAAAAGAAUCAGAAAUGAGAA